GCGCCCCUGCCCGCCCGCACCAUGAACACCAUCGUCUUCAACAAGCUCAGCGGCGCGGUGCUUUUUGAGGACCACGGCGCUCCGGAGCGGGAGCGGGGCGGCAGGCCCUACGGCGGCGUGCUGGACAGUCCCCACGCCCGCCCCGAGGUGGGCAUUCCGGACGGCCCGCCCCUCAAGGACAACCUCGGCCUGAGACACCGGAGGACCGGGGCCCGGCAGAACGGCGGGAAGGUGAGGCACAAGCGGCAGGCCCUACAGGACAUGGCCAGGCCCCUCAAGCAGUGGCUUUACAAGCACCGUGACAACCCCUACCCCACCAAGACCGAGAAGAUACUCUUGGCUCUGGGCUCGCAGAUGACGCUAGUGCAGGUGUCAAAUUGGUUUGCUAAUGCAAGACGUCGUCUUAAGAAUACUGUUCGACAGCCAGAUUUAAGCUGGGCUUUAAGAAUAAAGUUGUACAACAAGUAUGUUCAAGGAAAUGCUGAACGACUUAGUGUAAGCAGUGAUGAUUCAUGUUCUGAAGAUGGAGAAAACCCUCCAAGAAACCACAUAAAUGAAGGGAGCUAUAGUAAUCCAGUUCACCAUCCUGUGAUUAAAAAUGAGAGCUCAGUCAUAAAAGCUGGAGUGAGGCUGGAGCCACGGGCCAAUGAGGACUACGUGUCACCCCCAAAGUACAAGAGCAGUUUGUUGAACCGUUACCUUAACGACUCUCUAAGACACGUCAUGGCUACAAACGCCGCCAUGAUGGGAAAGACAAGGCAAAGAAACCAUUCGGGAUCUUUUAGUUCCAAUGAAUUUGAGGAAGAAUUGGUGUCUCCCUCGUCAUCAGAAACUGAAGGCAACUUUGUCUAUCGCACAGACACUCUGGAAAAUGGAUCCAGUAAGGGAGACAGUGCAGCUAAUAGAAAGGGUCCAAGCAAGGACGACACAUACUGGAAGGAGAUUAAUGCAGCCAUGGCCUUAACAAAUCUUGCACAGGGAAAAGACAAACUGCAGGGAACCACCAGCUGCAUUAUCCAGAAGUCAUCACAUAUAGCAGAAGUAAAGACGGUCAAAGUGCCACUGGCCCAGCAGUUCUAAGCAUCUGUCACAUGUCAGAUCAAUGGCUAUUCCUCAUGUCCGUGUUUUUUCAUAAAUCCUCAUUUUCAGAGCCGAAGUAGGCGUAAAAAAGACUCCCUUUCAAACCUCUUCUUGUUUUUUAAUUAUCCUAACUAUAUCAUUUAAUUGCUUCUAUAAAAGACAUAUAAGUUAUAAAAAACUCACUUUAAUCAAAAAAUAUUAACUUAUUUUAUGUUACUCAAAACUAUGCAUAAAAUGUCUGCAUUGCCAUUACAGUAAGUGCCUUGCUUCCCGAAAAUAAGCUACAACGUGGGCAUAGCAGAACAACUAUGCCUCAAAAUGACAGCGCCAUCAUGCUUAUUAGCCUGUGUGUAUCGUUCCAGAUGGACAUUCCAGGGUAGAAACCAUAAUUGUUGAAAGCCCUUGAAAUGCAGUCAAUAAUUCACAUGUUAGAACUUGAAAAUCUAUUCAGUCCAAGUGAAAUGUUCCCUUAGAAAAACUUUUCUAGUAUCUUAAACUGUUUGGUGUGUUUUUCCGAGUGACAGCGAGAAUUUUAUGCCUGCAUAUCUGAUAUACAAAACUGAAAGCUAUUGUGCACCUUCAAGAAGAAUCUCAGUGAGUUCACUGUGAUCAGAAACCUUUCUCCAAGCACUGCUGGAAAACACCAUGCCUUUUAGAAUGAAUUUGGAUUUUCUUUCUCUUAAGUCAUGAUGAAGGUUAGGGAAAAAAAAAACAAAACUUCUUUAUAUAAAUAACUCAAAAUGUUCUUGCAUAGACCUAAACCUAUACUUUGUUUUUAAAACAUAGCCCUGUUUGCAUUAGCUUUUAGUGGGUUUUGUGAUAGAAAGUGUUUUUUAUAUGGAACAGCUAAAAACUUUUUAUUUGGUUCAUUUCAAAUUACAGUUGCUGGUAGACAAUUAUAUUGCAAUGAGAACAAGACAAUGAAAGAAAUGUAUCUCUAUGUGAAUAUGCAUAUACACACAUAACAUUGAUUUUUAAAUUUAAAACACAUGGAAAGCAAAACAUUGAACAGUCUCUGAAUUUUGCCAAGUAAGACAUUCAAGUAAAAGUUAAGUGAAAUCAUGCAUUAAAAGAAAGAACGUUUUGUUUCUAAAUGAGACUAUCAUUGAGUGAGAAUAAUCAGUAUCAAGAAAGAAGAAUAUCUUUUUCAAUCAAGCAAUAAUAUUCUAGUCAGCUUGGGUAUACUUGAAACUUGAAUAAACAGUGGAGAUGCCAAAUAUAACAGAAUAUAUGUGCUCCAGAGAAAUAAAAAGGAUUUGACUCUUUUAUGGUUGGGUGUUUGUUCUGGGUUUGUCAAUCUAUUUUGUAGCUUUGUUUUUUUUUUUUUGUUUUUUUUUUAACUGGAAAAUGUUUUUGUGAGUGUGAAUGAGAGCCCAUAGUGCAGCCACGUGGGAACAUUUUCUUUAUUUUUCAAAACCUUUUUAAAACCAAAGGCUGCUCUGGUUGAUAGAUGAACAAAAUCAGUCUUGAUAUAAAUUGUGUGACACUUUUUCAUGUAUCACAGCAUUUGGGGAUAGGGUUAAUUUAGUGUAAUGAAGAUAAUUUGAUAUAAAAAUAUUUUGUGUAUAUGUAAUACUUUGUUUUUAAAUUGCAGUAACAGUAAGUGCAAAGCAAGAUAUGUAAAUUAUGACUGUAUGAUCAGAUGAAGUAUGAGUUCGUUUGAUUACUUAAGUAGAUUCAGAUCCAUGAUAAAAACUUUGGAAUAUUUACAAAACAGUUUUGCCAAAAUGUGAUCAUGUCAAUGACAACAAAGGACAAGUACUUCAAUCUUUUUUCAUACUAUUAUAAGUUAUUCUGGUACUAAAUAUUUUAAUAAAAUUGUUUUUGUUUUGACAUUUCAGUUAGAUGAAUGGAUGCUGGUUGUUUUUUAUUUGAAUUAGUCAUAAUUCAUUUUUGCCAUCUUUUAAAAAAGAAUCAGCAAAUUUGUUCUGUUAAAAAUUAUAAAUAACAAGCCAAUAUAGGACAUCUAUUUGUGUGAUUUUUUUUUUUUUGAACUACCAUAGCUUGAAGUCUGGCCUAUAAAUAUGUCAAGAAGAUUGUAUAAUUAGCACAUCCUUGGCAAUAUGUCCAGUUGGGAUUACUUUUAAUUUAUUUCUUCCUUUGCUACUUUAAAAUUUUCUGGAAAUUAAAGUCCACCCAAAUCUUUAAAAGAAUCUUGAACAAUGCUGAGCCAGCAGCUGAGAAUCUAACUCAUAAUUUAUGUUAUAGAGAAAUGGAAUUACCUCUAUUCUUUGUUUUGUCAUAUGUAAUCAUUUUAAUAAAAUUAAUAAUUGCCAGGAGUUCUUGACAGAUUUAAAAUAAAAGUUAAUUUCUAGACCUCAGUGAUCAUAUGAAUUUUUGUUUUCCUUUGAGAGUUGACCAGGUGGAAAAAAGAAGCAGAACAGAA